GCGGUAGGUGGUGUAAGUGGCGGCGAUGUUACCUAUGAUGGAAGGUCGCUUAUAAUUAACGGCCAACGGAAGCUUCUUUUCUCUGGUUCGAUUCAUUAUCCAAGAAGCACUCCUGAUAUGUGGCAUUCUUUAAUAUCGAAAUCGAAACAAGGUGGAUUAGACGCAAUCGACACCUAUGUAUUUUGGAACCUUCACGAACCCGAACCGGGACAAUAUGAUUUUAGUGGAAGACGAGAUAUAGUGAGAUUUAUCAAAGAAGUACAAGCUCAAGGUUUAUAUGUUUGUCUUCGAAUUGGACCAUUUAUUGAAGCUGAAUGGUCUUAUGGAGGCCUUCCGUUUUGGCUCCACGAUGUUCCGGGCAUCGUAUUUCGAUCCGACAACGAACCAUUUAAGUACUAUAUGCAGAAUUUCACGACGAAAAUAGUGAAUAUGAUGAAGUCGGAGAAACUAUUCGCCUCGCAAGGGGGUCCGAUUAUUCUCUCUCAGAUCGAAAACGAGUAUCAAAACGUAGAAAAAGCCUUCCACGAAACGGGGCCACCGUAUGUACGGUGGGCCGCAUCAAUGGCUGCAGGGCUUGAAACCGGUGUGCCAUGGGUUAUGUGCAAACAAGACGACGCUCCUGACCCCGUGAUAAAUGCAUGUAACGGAAUGAGGUGCGCAGAAACAUUUGUCGGACCAAAUUCACCGAACAAGCCAGCAAUUUGGACGGAAAAUUGGACACACUUCUACGACAUUUACGGAAAUAUCACGAAAAUCAGAUCGCCGGAGGAUAUUGCAUAUCAAGUUGCUCUAUUCAUUGUCAAAAUGAAUGGCAGCUUCAUAAACUACUAUAUGUAUCACGGAGGAACCAAUUUCGGAAGAAAUGCCUCUGCAUUCAUAAUAACCAGUUAUUACGAUCAAGCCCCUCUCGACGAAUACGGUUUAAUUAGGCAGCCAAAAUGGGGUCAUCUCCAAGAACUGCAUGCAGCAGUUAAGCUAUGCUCCGAAACCCUACUUAACGGAGUACAAUCGAAUUUCUCGUUAGGUGUUCUACAAGAAGCUUACGUAUACACGAGAGAAAACGGAGAAUGCGCAGCGUUUCUGUUGAACAGAGAUGGCGAACACGGUGCAAACAUCCAGUUCCGUAAUCGAACAUAUCAACUUCCACCUAAAUCGAUUAGUAUAUUGCCCGAUUGCAAAACCGUGGCGUUCAACACAGCGAAGGUGAGCACACAGUUCGGCACGAGAACAAGACAACCAGCUGUGAAGUUGGACAAAGCAGAUAUAUGGGAAAAAUGGAACGAAAUUAUCCCGGUAUUCGAUAAUACCUCGAUUAGGUCAAAUUUAUUGCUCGAGCAGAUGAACACAACGAAAGAUUCGUCUGAUUACUUAUGGUACAUUGCCAGUUAUAACCAAACCGAGGAGUCGAAAUCCGAGAUCACCGUAAAUUCUCGAGGGCAUUUAUUACGGGCAUUUGUAAAUGGAGUACAGAUCGGUUCGGGACACGGGUUUUUUAGAAACCAAGGCUUCACUGUAAAGACCACGAUUCCUUUAACUAGCGGAGUGAACGACAUUUCCUUAUUGAGUGUUAUGGUUGGAUUACCGGACUCGGGUGCACAUAUGGAGCGUAGAGCUUCCGGAUUGCAAAGUGUGAGCAUUCAAGAAAAUAAAGUCUUCAAAAACUUGACCAUUUCUUCAUGGGGGUACCAGGUUGGAUUAUUAGGAGAGAAAUUACAGCUCUACACAGAAGAAGGAACAAACAAAGCAGUAUGGUGUGAUAUUAACUCUUCUUCUUCUCAGCCACUUACAUGGUACAAGUCAAAAUUCGAUGCACCGGGGGGCAGUGACCCCCUUGCACUGAAUCUUGGCUCGAUGGGCAAAGGCGAAGCUUGGGUCAACGGUCAAAGUAUCGGUCGAUAUUGGAUAUCAUUUCUUAACCCUGAUGGCUCUCCUUCACAAAUAUGGUAUCAUGUACCAAGAUCCUUCCUAAAACCGAAAGAUAACCUGUUAGUGCUGUUUGAAGAAGAAGGUGGAAACCCUACUGGAAUAUCGGUAGAUACCGUUUCGAUUACGAAAGUAUGCGGACAUAUAACGGAUUCUAAUCCGCCUCCGUUAAUUUCGUGGAAAAGAGAAACCCUAAGCCGAAAUAAAUCCGAAAUCCACCAUGAGAGAAGACCUAAAAUUCAUCUUCAUUGUCCACCUAAAAAAUACAUUUCCAAAAUUCUAUUCGCAAGUUUCGGAAGCCCGUUCGGCGAUUGCGAAAGUUACUCUCUCGGAAAAUGUCACUCGACAAAUUCGACAGCCAUAGUCGAAAAGGCUUGUCUAGGGAAGAAGAAGUGUUCUGUUCCUUGGUCAAACAAAAGAUUCGGAGGCGAUCCUUGUCCGGGAAUUCGAAAAAAUCUGUUAAUUGAGGCACAAUGUCAAUGAUAAUGGUUACGUCUGAGACGAGACGAAUUUGUAAUAGCCAAAAGAAUCGACAGAAUACCUAAUAUAUUGUUCGGUUUAAUUCGACUAA